GCAGCACUGAUAUUCUUGUCAUAUAUGCGAGUGUCCAUUGGUUUUCAGUUAUUAUUCCUAUGGCAUCAAAAAACACUAGUAUGUUUUCCCUGUCACGCUGAUCAUGCAGUAGCGUUGCUAUUAUUGUCUGUUUCCUUUCAUUUGCCAGCUUUGGCCAGGUCCUCCUACAUUUAGGCAUUGCCGUCAGAAAAUAGAAGCACGCUAAUCAAUCCAAGUGCUUUAACCUCGUUUUCCUUUCCUCCUUAUCCCUUUAUAUUUAUCAAAUCAAAUUAUAAGGGCAUGAGGUUCUGAAACAAUCGCCGGGAUUGAGAUUCCGAGGUUAACAAUUGGCGUUGCUCUUCAAAAGAAUCUUCCAAGAAUCAGAUCUAAGUGCUCUGAAGGCUAACGAAUCGCAUGGACCUUGCUGCCGGCGAUGGACACUGACGCCCAGGCGCCGGAGGCACCGUCGUCGCCGCCGCCCCGGUCCGCCCGGUCGAGGCCGUCGAGCUGGGGCAGCAGCGGUAGCUCCGAGUACACGAGCCUCCGGGACGUGCUCUCGGAGCUGGGCAACGGCGGCGGCGGCGGCAGCUCCUCCGACCUCCACGACUUCGACACCUCCAACAUCCCCAUCCGCAACCAGCUGCUCAAGCACGCCGCGUCCGCCUACCUCCAGUCCGCCAUCGUCGUCACGCCGCGCGAAAGGGGCUGCCUCAGCAGGGCCUGGCGCCGCCGGUGCCGCAUCCUGCUCCGGCCGUGCCCCGAGUGCGAGUGCGACGUGGACGUCGACCCCGUCCGCCGCUGCGCCGCGGCGUUGGCCGGCUCGGUGCGGCGCGUCCUCGCCUCCCUCUGCGGCUGCGUCGCCUGCAUGUGGACGUAGCGCGCGCGCACAGGUGCACCGGCCAUCGUUGCUGCCGUUUGGCCAUGCAUGCAUGCUGAUGCUUUAAUUACUACACUGAACAUGACUGCUUCGUGUAUGUGCACGUAGGCAUGAUUUUGCUCUUUGCACUCUUAAUUAGAUCGCGAUGCAUGCUGUCUGAUGCGACCGUACAUAUUUAGACG